AUACAUGCAACUGUUCAAGUGGAAAAGAAACUUUGAGCAGCUCCAUUUUGUGUAGAAUGAAAUAUACAUUUCUUAGGGAGAGAAACAUGCAACAGUGGAAAUGGAAAGUGAAAGUAUGCUGAGAAAAAAGUUAUUCGGCUCCAAAAGCAGUGCACUGCAAAAAUGCCGCGAUAUCCAAGACCAUCGAGGAAACAACGGCCGCGGGAGCGGGAAGAAAAAGCCUGAAGUCAGUUUGUUCUUGCUAAGCGAGGGAGUCGCGUUUGUUCUGCUGCUUGUAUUUAUCGGUCUGCUGUGUGGACUCGUCCGUUUAUCCUUACAGCAGCUCCUGAUAGGGAAGUCCACUGGCGAAUUCAACGCAGUGAGGGCUCGGAAACACCUGGAACGCAUCACAGAUGUGGGCCCGCGGCCUGUGGGCAGCGUGGAGAACGAGGUCCUGACUGUGAAUUACCUGCUGGAGCAGGUGGAACAGAUUCGCAGUGAGAGUAUAGCAGGGCCUCAUGCCAUCACGCUCGACCUGCAGCGACCCACUGGCUCCUUCAGCAUCAAAAACGUCAUCAGCUACUACGACCGCAUCACCAACAUCGCUGUCAGGCUCGAACCCAAAGAUGGAGCACAGCACUUUAUGCUGGCCAACUGCCAUUUUGACAGUGUGGCCAACAGCCCAGGGGCGAGUGAUGAUGCGGUCAGCUGUGCUGUAAUGCUGGAGGUCCUGCGCUCCCUGGCCAGUCUCUCAUCUCCUCUGACACACGGCGUCAUCUUCCUCUUCAAUGGAGCGGAGGAGAACGUCCUCCAGGCGAGUCAUGGGUUCAUCACCCAGCACCCGUGGGCGAAGCAGGUGAAGGCGUUCGUGAAUCUGGAGGCCGCUGGUGUUGGAGGAAAGGAGGUGGUGUUUCAGACAGGUCCAGAGAACCCCUGGUUGGUGCAAGCUUAUGUCCACGCUGCUGUACACCCCUUCGCCUCAGUUGUGGGACAGGAGAUUUUUCAGAGUGGGAUUAUUCCUUCUGAAACGGACUUCCGUAUCUACAGGGACUUUGGCAACAUUCCGGGGAUUGACUUGGCGUUCAUAGAGAAUGGGUUCCUCUACCACACCAAAUAUGACACCGCCGACCGCAUCCUAACAGACUCCAUCCAGAGAGCAGGAGACAACAUCCUGGCUCUUCUCAAACACCUGCUCAUGUCAGAGAAACUGGCAGACUCUUCAGAGUAUCGCCAUGGCAACAUGGUGUUUUUCGAUGUGCUGGGUGUGGUGGCGGUGGCCUACCCAGCACGAGUGGGCACCAUCAUCAACUACAUGGCUGUCAUGGCGACCUUCCUAUACCUGGCCAAGAAGAACAAGGGAAAAUGUGGGCACUACCUGCGGGACCUGGCGCUGGGUUCGUGUGUGGCUCUGCUCAGCUGGUUCGCCACACUGCUGUCUGUGCUCAUCGUAGCUCUGGUUCUCACUCUGGCCGGCUGCUCCAUGUUCUGGUACAGCCACUUCAGUGUCGCCAUCGCCCUGUACGGGUCUGCUGCUGCCGCCAAGAUCCUUCUCGUCCACACACUCGCCAAGAACCUCUACUACGGGGGUGUGCGUAGAGUGGAGCUGGGUGAAUUGUUCUUUGAUGUUAGUCUGCUCCUGUGGUGCUGUGUGCUGCUCUGUCUCACCCUGCGGGGACUGUGCUCUGCAUAUGUGCCCAUGCUGAUGGUGGCCUUCCCUUUGGCCACCAAGCUCCUCCUCAGCAGCCACUUCAGAUGCCGAGGUGCGUCCGUGCCCUAUGCCGUGCUGUACCUGCUGGGUCUGACUCUGCCCUACGUCCAUCUCAUGUUCCUCAUCUGGGUCGUGUUUGAGAUCUUCUGCCCCAUCUUGGGCCGCAGUGGCACCAAAAUCCCCCCUGAGGUGGUGCUUGCCUGCCUUGUCACCCUGGCAAUCAUCUUACUCUCCUCCUACUUUAUGCACUUCAUCUACCUGGCGCGUAGUUCGAGACGUGUGCUGACCAUUCUGGGGUCCCUCUUUGCUGUGAUGCUCCUCCUGGUCUCCAGUGGCCUGAUCUUCCCAUACUCAUCUGACCCAGACAGGCCCCGCCCUAAACGCAUCAUCAUCCAGCACACCACACGGACGUUCCACACUUUAAAUGGCUUGGUGGAGCAUGAGGACUCUGGCCUGUGGAUCAACAGCUGCGACUAUACAGGCAUGAGCUAUAUCACUCCUCACAUCCCAGAGAUCAAUGACACCAUCCGCACUCAACGUCAUGAUGACCUGCCCUUCGGUGGCUUUCCUGGGUACUUGCCUCUUCCAUUCCUCAUUAAGAAAAGCUGGUAUUUGCCAGUCCCUGCAGCGUCCCCUAAAUCUCCACUUGAAUUCAGACUGGUUUCAAAACAGGUGACUGAAUGGGGGACAAUAAAGAUGAGCUUUGAAGCUAAAGGGCCCAGCCACAUGUCUCUGUACCUGCGUCCCAACACUGGGGUCUCCCUCUCCAGCUGGUCGUUUGGCAACAACACCCCUCAGUCGAACUUCAUAUUCUACUCCCACGGCCUAGGCGCUCCUGCAUGGCAUUUCUGGCUUGAGAUUCAGCCGCCUUCCGAACCCUCGGCCGAGAAGGGGCUCAUCUCCGUAGCUGUCUCAUGCCACUACUUCGGAGAGGCCCACCGGACCCCUCAGCUGGAUGCUCUGUUGGGGAGGUUCCCAGCGUGGUCUUUCCCGUCCUCUUGGGUCAGCUCCUACCACAUGUUCCGAUACUGACAUGCCGCUUGGCGCUCUGGACCCUGAAAAUGUGUGUGUGUGUGCACUCUUACACAUGUGCAUAAACUCAUCUAGAGUGACUGCAGUCCCCCCCAACACAUGUCUCUGCGAAGCCAAGCCCUCACUGGGCUUAUUGAACACCAGUCUUCUAGCAGGGUCGGACUUUUCUUAAGCUUUAUAUCUGGGUGCAUUCUUUCUGUUUUACCUUCAACUUACCUUUAAUCUCAUUUCUGUUUCUUGCCUCUCUUGUUUUCUCCUCUUCCUUUGAUUUUUCCUUUCUUACAGCAUCCCAACAUCUUCCUUCCCAACUAGUCCCACUCAUAUUUACACAUACUAGUUCAAAAAUGAACCUCAUUACAACAGGGAGCCUGUCUGUGGUAUUAGAAUGUGCUGCAUGCCUUGAGGUGACCUGAAGGGGGCACUAAUCUCACGUUCUGCAGUAUUUACCUCCACAAAAAACACAAAGUACUUGAUGCAAGCACUUUAUUUAUGUGGCUGUAGAAGCCUCUCCGCACUAGACAGACAUCAUGGGCAAAAUUUAACAAUCAUGUCAAACAGGAAUUCAACUAAUAUGUUAAAACCUUUGUUUUAUUAGCAUAGAUAUUCUGCUUCACAAUGAUCUGAAGCUGUAUUUGGAAUAUCAGAUUAAUGGGAAAUUUUACAAUACCCAUAGCUCUUAAUCAUCACCACAAUGACAUUAAGAUUUGAAUUGUCUUUGGUGAUUUAAAUCCCUUUAAAUAGUACAGGGGUGUGAAAGGUGGAAGUUUUAUUUAUUUAUUUUUUUUUUUUAAAUUUAGAAAUAAUUUGAAAAUCUUUGUUAUAUUUUUGGGAUUGCUUGGCUAUCUACCUGGAUAGUGACUGUACUGUUUUAGUCUUUUUCACUACCUCACGAAGUGUGAGUUUUUAUUCCAUGUUUUUAUUGUUAAUUGGUUUGUGUGCUGCUAAUUGUGUUUAGGAAUCUUUUUUUCUGAAAAGGACAAGUGAUGACUGUAGAUGCCUUGUGGUGUUUCAUACAUAUUUUGGUCACUGUAUUUUAAAACUGAAGGUUGGUUCAAGUUUUUUUGAGAGUUUACAGAGGGAAAGAAAGGUAGAGAGAUUUCAAAUUUAAACUUUUUCCUCCUCUACAAUUCCAAAAACACUUUGCUUUCACAGUUGAUGAAGGGCCUCUGGAAACCUUGUAUACAUCACUAUAAUUUGGAAUAUCCCUAGACAGUCCACUUACAACAGUCCACUUACUGCAGUCCACUUAUUGCAGUCCCCUAGUACAGUCCACUUAGUACAGUCCACUUACUGCAGUCCACUUACUGCAGUCCACUUAUUGCAGUCCCCUAGUACAGUCCACUUAGUACAGUCCCCUUACUGCAGUCCACUUAUUGCAGUCCCCUACUACAGUCCACUUAGUACAGUCCCCUUACUGCAGUCCACUUACUACAGUCCCCUACUACAGUCCACUUACUGCAGUCCACUUAUUGCAGUCCCCUACUACAGUCCACUUACUACAGUCCCCUACUACAGUCCACUUACUGCAGUCCACUUAUUGCAGUCCCCUACUACAGUCCACUUACUACAGUCCCCUACUACAGUCCACUUACUGCAGUCCACUUAUUGCAGUCCCUUACUACAGUCCACUUACUACAGUCCACUUCAGCUACUCAACUGGAAUCUUUUUCUUUGAAUGUCACUCAAAAUUGAUCCUGAUCUGGUAUUUUUUUAAUAAUAAAAAAAACUAUGGCACUGUA